AUGGAUCUCGAAGACAAUGCUUUGGGUUUGACGCCCGAGCAAACUGAUAAAAUAUUGCAGUUCCAAGAUUUAACUGGAAUAGAAGAUAUGUCAAUAUGCCGAGAUGUUUUACAAAGGCAUCAAUGGGAUUUGGAGGUGGCUAUACAAGAACAACUGAAUAUAAGGGAAGGAAGGCCCUCGGUAUUUGCUACAGAAGCAAGGGCACCACCUGUAGUGCAUGACCACAUAGCACAGCAAGUAUUUACAGAUGACCAACCAGAAGGACCUGGAGUGGUGACAGACCCCCUAGGUGAUGUGGUGGGUUUCAUUAAUAACUACACAUCUCGUUUUAAUCCACAUCCAGUGUUCUAUCAAGGCACAUAUGCACAGGCUCUUAAUGAUGCCAAAAAUGAAUUGAGAUUCCUGAUUGUGUAUCUACACUCAGAAUCAACAAAUGAAACUCAGCAGUUUUGCAGGACCACACUGGGGGAUCCAGAGAUCAUUCAAUAUAUUAACACACACGCUCUAUUCUGGGGCUGUUCAGUAGACAGUUCAGAAGGAUGGCGUGUGGCUCAGUCUGUUGGUGGUCGGAGAUAUCCGCUACUCUGUGUGGUUUGCAUGCGAGAGCAUCGGAUGACCGUGGUUGCUAGGAGUGAGGGUGCAUGCUCCCCCCAACAGUUAUUGCAGCGACUCCGGAGGGUCGUUAGUGACAAUGAACCGCAUUUGGCUGCAGCCAGGGCCGACAGAGUGGAGCGGGAAGUGACGGCUCGUCUACGUGCAGCACAGGACGAGGCUUACGCAGAAUCGCUGGCGGCCGAUCAGGAGAAGGAGAGGCGCAAGGCAGCCGCCAGGGAAGCCAUUGCUCAGCGGGAGAACGAGGACCUUCAACGCCGCCAGCAGGAGGAGAGGCACAAACAGGAGUUGAUACAAGCUCGUGCUGCGAUGGCAUCGCGGCUGCCAAGCGAGCCUGAGCCAGGUGCGGAAACUGUAGUGCUGCUAAUCCGGCUGCCGGGUGGGGAGCGGCUAACGCGACGUUUCACCCUUGGCCACACGACACAGGAUUUGUAUGACUUCGUGUUCAGCCACCCUCAGUCGCCCGAGGAGUUUGAAAUCACGACCAACUUUCCAAAGCGUGUUGUGGCGCGUGGGAAUUCUAAUUUGCACGAAGCUGGCCUCAAGGACCGCGAUGUGUUGUUCGUCAAUGACACAAACGCU